UGAGGGAGCUAGUUUAAUGAGAGAGAAGCAUGGCUGUCGCAACUAAAGAACACCUUGUUGUUUUCCACCAAAGUAUUCAAUCUAUAUUUGACGGAUGGACAGGUUUACAGCUGGCUGCAAGGCACGGUUUCGGUGGUCGUGAUAGUUUAGAGAAAGCAAGAUGGAUGGUAGAUGCAGUAUACAAUUGGUUUUUAGAAAAUGAUGGAGUUGAACCUUAUGAGCUUGAAGAUUGUCUGGCUGACAUUCUAGAUCAUGAAUUUGAUACAUUGGCUGAAGAUGGCAGCUUGAACAAGAUUUCUCAAGAUAUCUGCAGAAACUUCCAUCUAUGUACAACUGGUCAAUGCCAAGCCGUACGUGACAAGAUUAAGCAAAGUCCAGUAGCAAGGAUAGGAGAUUGUGUGGCUGAUGCAACAGUGGAUAUGGAAGAGGGAGAUGAUGCAGAUGGUUCGGUGCAGGAUGCUAACAUGCAGGCGAUGCUGGGUGGAAUGAGGUUAAGUCAACCACCACCUGACGAACAAGAGGGCGCUUCGCCACAAAAUAACAGUGAGAUGGCUGGACCAUCGACAUCAUUCUCAGGAUCAACAGCAGAGUCAUUUAGUUCUUCAUCAAACUCAAGACAAGAACCCAUGGAAGAAGAGGAUGGCUGGACAGUUGUACGGAAAUCCAAAAAGAAAUGACACAAGGAAGAAGCAUUGAUCUUAUUGUUUAUAUAGAUAUUUAUUCUUAUCUUAUUUUUAUGUUUACAACAUAUAAAAGUUACACCAUGCUUAUUUGGAAAUUAUUUUUCCAGGAAAAUGUAAUUACAACAUGAUGGCUAGAAGGUAUCUGAUCAAUGUGAAUUUUGAUGGCUUUAUAACAGAAAUACAUCAUAGAAAUACACAACUUUCAAUAAAUAAUAUGCUACAUUGUUCUUUUUUUUAUAACAUACAGUUUUCACUCUUUGAGUUGUAUGUUAGUACUACCACCCCAUCCUCUCUGUUAAAGGGAAAGUUCACCCUGACAAAAACUUUGUUGUAGAAAUAACAGAAAAAAUAAUAACAAAUAUUUGUGAAUGUUUGGAAAAUCAUUAAAGCUUAAGAAAGUUAUUAGAUUUUCAAGUUUUUGACUUGUGACAUCAUAAAUUCAUAUGUUAUGUAAUAUGAAAUGCAUAAAUAUCACUUUUUAAUGGUUUGUGGUUGCUUAUUUUGUUAAUUUUCUUUUAAGGAGUGGGUGUGAAAUCAUUUAUGUAUACUGGAUGUAAAAUAAAAACCAUUUUCAAUUUUCUGAGAAAAUGACAUUUCAUUGAUUUUUUUUACCAUGCGAUAUAUAGGAAAGUUGCUCACAUAUGAUGUCACAAUUCAAAUAAAUUUCUAAUAACUUUUUAUUCUUUGAUGGAUUUUCCUCAAACCUUCACCAAUAUUUUUUUUCUGCAAUUUUUAGAAUAAACAUUUUUAGUAUGGGUGAACUUCUCCUUUAAUAUGGUUAUGGGAAGUUUAGCAUGACACAAAACAACUUGAAUAAUUAAUGGAUUGUUAGUCAUUUUUGUCAGACACACUGGCGAUUGGUGAUUUAAAGCUGUUGUUGAUGUUGGGUCAAUUGAAACAAAAUAUAUGAAAAGAGACUGGUUUGGGAGAAAAACCUCACUUUGUUCUUAAUAAUGUGAUUUGGAAAAUUUUGUAGAUUCAGAUUAAGUGUUGUAGCUAUGGAAAACAACUUAAUUGGUCUUCCAACACCGACACCAACAACAAAUUGAAAUCACCCAUUGUGGUUAGGUAUUUAUUAUAUUUUUAAUGUUAAGUAUCAAUAAGGUUCGACUCCUUUAUGGAAAGCCUUUUGCCAAUUCAUUAAAGCUGUGCAAUAUAUAUUCCUGCAUUGGAAAGAGUCCUCCCCUAAAGGUGAAAUUUGCUGU